GCUUCUUUCUGCUUUCACCAUUUGAAAACUGUCGCUGGUUAAACGCCUUGUUGCAGAAUCACUCACUGAACUGUAACUGUCUCCCUUUUAAAGCGUGCCCGGUUAAAUCCAUUACCACAGGCUGCUGGCUGUGCAGCAUAGAUUGAGAUUACAGAGAUAAGAACUUAAUGCCCUCAGACACCUUCCUGGGCUUAAAACCCCCAUCCUGGUCCUCCUCCACCUCAACCCCUGUCGUCUCCUCCGUCAGCUACUCCGUCAAGCUCUUGGAGCUCUUUCUCCGGACUCUCAAAGACACAGCGACCGUCGGCCAGCUGCCAUGAAUACUUCUCUGGCCCUGCUGCUUCUCAUCUCUCUGGCAUGCCACAGUGCUCUCUCCUGUUCUGUCUGCAAAGGCCACGCCCUCAAAUGUCACACGUGCGUGGCGUCCAAUGAGGACGAGUGCAACCAUCAGGGCUCCGCCUCCUGCCCUCAGUACGCUGAUGCCUGCUCCACCAUCACAGGACCCAACACAGUGAUGAAGUCGUGCAGCUACAAGGCUUUCUGUGACAAGGCUCACGGCGUCGGCUCCGGGGCCAAGAUGGAGUGCUGUUUCGGCGACGACUGUAACGGGCCCCACCGGAGCCGCAGCCACGGCGAUCACCACCGCAACGGCGCGGGGGCUCCGGCCUCCGGCCCCGUCCUGCUCAUCGCCGCCCUGCUGCUGCGUUUGGCCGCCAGUCAGCUGUGAUUCAUCGCCACAGAAAUCUUCCAAUGCACGUUGAAUCCAAUGAUUUUGAGUGCCAGAAAGUUCCACGUGGCUUUAGACAAAAAGAAAAGCUGUGUUGGUGCAGUGAUGGCGGUCUGUCACAUGAAUACAAACUUCUGCGCCUUUGAUUGUGUUUCUUAUUUUAUUACCAUCAAAGAAUUAGAACUAGAAACCUCAUCAUCUAUGGUAUCUUGUUCACUUGCAGAUGAUCCAAUGCGGUAAAUGCUAGUGAACCUGAGAGUGUUUGUGGUGAACAAGUGUGCGCAGAGAUAAUUACAGCUCUCCGGCGUGGUUUCAGUAGGUGCCGGGGUGCCUCGGUGGGUAGCAGCGCGGGUAGCAGUGUGCACAGCUCGCUUGACACCAUUGACCAAAAAAGAAAGUAUUUUAACAACACAAUCUUUAGAAGUUUUGAAAUUAAACAUUUAGUAAUUUUUCUUCAUGCAAGCCUGUUUGAAUAAAGAUACAAAAAAACCUG